ACAUCUUAAUUCCAUCGAAAGGUAUGCUUUCAUGUUUGGAUCUUGAAUUUUCUCUAUAAUUUGUUUUUGUACAUCCAAAUUAUUAACUUCAAGAGAAUUACUCAGUUUCUCUGCGUAUUGAAUCCAAACGCAAUUAUUACAACCAGACAUGCAGCAGUUGGUAGGCUCUGUAAUAUCUUCUAUAGAGAGAGAAUCAUCAGCUUUUUGUUGACCUUCGAUUUGUUCAUUAGACAUUUCUGUAUUUUGGUUAUCGCUAGAACAUAGUCUCAAGGUCAUGAAUAUACCCUUCCAAUUAUCGUAGGUUUGUCUUUUGACGCUAUUUACUUUUGAACGAACCAGAUUCAUUGUUAUUUAGGUUAGAUAGAUGGUCAUUUGAAUGUAUAUUUAGAACGACAUUGAUGUUAUUUUAUUUAUCUGAUUGUUAAACGUACGUUUAACAAUCAAAUAGUAGAUAUUUAGGGUAUACUUAGAAAAGUGGCUGAAGCGAAUGUUUUUAGGAAGAAAAUUUCUUUCGUAUGAUCACAAACUCGUCUUUUUUUGUUUUCUUUCCUUUUUUUUUUAUUUUUUUUUUUUUUUAACGUCAUAAACGAUAAAUAGACAAAUAGAUAUCUUUUACGUGAGAUAAAUAAGUAAUCUUGAAGAGACAUCUGGCGAGAUAUAUACUGAAAUACGUUUUCAAAACUAGUAUUUUACGAUAUAAAUUUGUAAUAAUAUUAUCUCGAUGUUAUUGAUAACAUUUUGUAAAUUUGUAUUUAUAUUCUAUUGAAAAAUUCUAAUGGAUAAUGAAUAAUUUCUUAAGCUUUCAUUUUAGUUUUUAUGUAGUAGCGUGUAAAUAAAUUGUAAUAUCUUCCACGUGGGUUUACGUUGGUUCAAUGUCAUUUUGAAAAUAAUAAAUAUUGUUUGUGACAAUGGGUCGCAAAAUUCCGGGGAAGAAACAUCGUGGCGUCAAGGAUCCUGAGAAACAGCGUGCUAAACGAUUAGCUGAGUUAGAAACAAAAAUAAACGCUCCGCCGAAAGAUGUCAAAGAGCAAGCAGUAUCAAAAAGUUUGGAAAAUUUUAUUAGACUUAAGGAAGCAGUUAAGUCAGGUAAAAUAAGUAAAGUGAAGAAAGUAAGGAAAAGGAAGAAAAAUGGAUUAAUAUGCGUCGGGGGUGAAAAACCAAAGUCGUUACAUCCUAAAUCAAAACCAGAAAAGGCAGUUCCAAUAUUUCAACAAAAACCCGACGAAAGUAACAAUCGAUUUUUUUAUCGGGUCAGUCAGGAGACUCAUGCUUUUCUUAAUGAAACUGCCUUUGAAAAGAAAUACAAUGUCGUUGUAAAUAGAAAUUCUAAUACUGGAGAGGUCGAAGGUAUAUCUAAACGUCCUAAAGAUGAGUUGGAUGAAUUAGAGAGAUUAAGGGCGAAACAUAAAAAUAUUAGAAAAAAGAAAAAGAAUAAAGAAGGCGAGGGUGAUAUGAACCUUAGUAAAUCUCAAAAAAGAAGGCAGAAGUUGUUAAUUAAGAAGAAAAAAAAGGAGGAGGAUUUAAUUGACAAUUUUCAAAUAUUUCAAGAUGAUGUGAAAUUUGGAGAAACAGUACAUGCACCGCCUACAUUAGUUACCAGACCUAAAAAAGCUAAUCUCACGGAUACUAUCAAGCCAGGAAAGAAAAAUUUGCUUCUACAUUCGUUAUUCGCAAAAAAUGGUUCAUCCAAUAGCAAUACUACAAAAUCGGUUGUCAUUGAUAGAUCUGGUAAACGUAAAAAUCUACCAGCUAGUGAAAGGAGACAACUGGAAAAAGAACAGAGCAGUGUUAUUGCAGCAUACAGACAGUUGAAAGCUAGGCAAUCUGCUGAUGUUGAUAUUUAGGAUUCGAAGCUGAGAGACGAGACAAGCUCAGAUCCGCUACUGGUGGUAAGAAGGAGACCGGCAAAAAAUUUGCGCGCGCGCACACACAGAGGUGAUGUCGAAGAUGAUACUCUAUUAACAAACAAGCGUGGAUAUUAACCGAUUGUCGAAGCGAAGCGUAUUAACGUUUUAUUAACGCCAUGUAAGCACUUCUUCGUUACUCUUACGGCCUACGCAGAAAAGGAAAUACUAUGACGAUGGAGGAAGAACAACGGCGGCCAUCUUUGCGUGACAAACGAAAAAUUAUUAACGAUCUUCUAUCGCAUCAUGUAGGAGUACUGGAUAAGAAGCAGGCAGGUACUUACUUACAUCGUUUGAAGAAUCGAUUUGUCCACUUUUUUCGUCUCGAUUUCUUGCCGGUCACGUUAAUUUUUCAAAGAAAAGAUCUUAAAGGAAACGUCGAUCAAAAUUCUCGUACGAUCGAUGAGAUGGAAUAAAGAUUAGAUAAAAAAAAAAAAAAAAAAAAAAAAAAAAAAGAAAAAAGAAAGAAAAGAAAAGAAGAAAUAAAAAAGAAAUGCAAAGAAAGAAAACAGUCGGUUCCUUUUUUUUUUUUUUUUCUUUUUCUUUUUCUCCUUUUUUUACCCUAGAAAAGUUCUUGAAUAUUCAUGAGGUGCAGCUCGUGUAAACCUUCGCGAGCUCGCAGAGCCGGUGCAUUUGGAAACAUAAAAAAUUCCUAUCCCCAUCAGCGUUGCUCAAAAUUCCGUUGAAGUGCUCCCAGUUUUCUCCGACAUACGUGAAUCAUCUACAAUAACGAUUCCUUGAUACACAUUGUACAGGAUGUGUGUCCUCGUAAUUUGUCGUAUUAAUUGAUAAUUUAUUUACUGUUUAUAUCUACACUGUAUAUUUCGAUAUAUUUCGAAUAAAAGCAUCGGUAACAAGGUAUCGGCGAGAGAAUCGAGUGCGGUUUUGAAAAUCGUGAAUCGUAUUCAUUGUGUGCUUCGAAAAUGGCGCAGAUUCGAUGUUUUCGCAUAAAAGCGUAAGUAUCGACGUAGACGUAGCGUGAAAUUGGAAAGCAAACGAAUGCGUGAUAAUCGAUGCGACAAAUGAAAACUGUGCUUGUUCGACCUACUGAAUAUAAGUGGUAGUGAGAGUGGAAUAUACAUUUUGUGUACGAACAAAUCAUGUGCAUGAGUGUGUGCCUAUGAUUCAGAACCGUCUAGUAUUCCUUUUAUAUAUUUCCUGCAUUUAUUUCAGCCUUAUUUUUUCUCUCUCUCUCUCUUUCUCUCUCUCUCUUUUUGUUACUCUGUUUUUAUUUGUUAUUUGAUAUUUCCGUUUCUCUUUUACCCAAUAUCGGUAGUGUAUAUAACUACACAUACAUACAUAGAUACAUACAUACAUACAUAUGUACGUGUGUAUGUGUAUAUUUAUCAUUAAACUUAAAUUUUUAUAAUGAACGAAUUUUGUUUAAAGAAUUUCUAUGGACUUUGAGCUCUUAUAAAUUUUUUCCUUUUCUUUUUGUUUUGUUUUAUUUAUUUAUUUAUUUAUUUAUUUAUUUAUUUAUUCUUUUUUUUUUUUUUUUUUUUAAACGAUCGAAGCGACCUUACCUUACCUUAUUCAAACGAAUUUCCUUAUCCAAGGUGAAGAGUCAUCAUCUACUUAGUAUUCACCUUCAUGGACAUCUAUAAUUUGUAUUCUAUUUGCACUUUUCUAUUUUAUACUUUUCCACGACAGUCGCGGAACAUAACGACCGAGUAAUCUAUCCGUCUAUUUAUAGAUGACCGUCCGAUAGUACUGUACUACCAGUCGAUUUUGAAACGUCGUUCGCCACAAAAGGUGGUUAACCUGAACUCUUUUUUCAUUAUCGAAUAAAACGUUAUUUGUAGUAUACCAAGAGAUGAUAAUCCGCCCUUGUAUUUCAAUUUUUGCAAUUUGUGUCGGAAAAUAAGAUAACUUUUUUCUUAUAAUCGAAAACAUACAUACAUACAUACUUACAUACAUGUAUAUCCAUAUAACAUGGUAUAUAAUAAUAUAUAUGUCUACAUAUUUUUUUUUUAGAAGGACAAUUAUUUUUUUUUUCUAUUAUGAUAAAAAAUAACUAAAGUUGGUACGACGCAAAGAUUUUAUAUAUUUUGAAAAUAAAACAAAAAUAUUAUACUAAACUAAAGAAUUAUUUUAACGGUAUAGAAAUUAGUUAAUAAACUAAACGUAGUAGAAAUAUUUUUCAAACGCACAUAACAUAAUCUUAUCUAAAAAUUAAACAUACGUAUUCGUUUUAAAAAGUCAAAAAAAAAAAAAAAAAAAAAAAAAAAAAAAAAAAAAAAAAAAAAAAAAAAAAGAAAAAAAAAAGAAAAAAAAAGAAGAAAAAAAAAAAAGAAUAUUUUUCCAAGUUCUGUUAAAAUAUAUUUUAACAGAAAUUAUUUCAAAUCAUUAUUUAAAAUUUCAAAUAUCAAAUUUCGAAAGUAUUUUGUGAUUGACUCUAUAUACUGAUGGAUCAUUUGAUAUUAAUUUACUCAGGUGGUUCGAAAGAAAAAGAAUGUCGUAUGUUCGUUGAUAGCUAUACUUUUCUUAGGACAAUUGAAAACAGAAAGAGAAAUUAAAAGAGAGAGAGAAAAAGAGACAGAGAGAGAGAGAGAGAGAGAGAGAAAAAGAGAAAAACUUGACCUUGAGAAAAAAGAGUCAGUCUUUCCUUCGUUCGAGUUCAAUCGUCAUUCGAAUCGUAAUUACGUAUCGUGAAGCAUACGUAAUGUAUGUAUAGCAAUAUAUCCGCUGCACGAAGCUGCUUUAAGAAGAGAACGUAUAGACGAUUGGCACGAGGCUAUGCUCCUCUUGCAUAAUCCUCAUGCGCAUGUCCGUGCAUAAGAACACGUUACUUUGUACCUUGCACGCGGAACGCAUCGGCAACCUUUAACUUUCUUGCUCGAAGGCAAAAAAAAAAAAGAAAAAAAGAAAA